ACGGGGCGUCUCCUGCCCGCGCGUCCCGGCCCUCGCCGCUUCGCCCGCUGUCCGCCUGGCUCUGCCGGGCCUCCUUUGAAGAACACUGGCUGCCUCUGGGUGGGCUCCGGCUGGUCCAGCGUCCCGGGGCGGGGGGAGUUGCAGGGAGAGCCGCGCGGUUCCUGUGCAGCCAGAGCCGAUGCAUCGGUUUUCCAUCAAAGCGCGACAGGUUUGCCUGUAGGGCUGGGAGCGGCUUCACGCGUCAGUCGAGCUGUGCCGCCCCGUCUCGGCUGCAGCUGCCGGCCCCUGACCCCUCGUGGGCACCGGUCACCCGUGGGAGCCGUGGGAACGCACAGCUUUCCAGCGCGUUGUAGGAAUUCGUUUUGCCCCGCGGUUUAUCUUUUUGUCUGGGAACGCCACAGGUCUGGUGUUGGUGCAGGGGUGAAGCCGCUGCCCAUGUGGACCCCAGCUCGAGCCCCACUGCCAGUCCUGCUUCCUGCUGAUGUGCCUGGGCCGGGCCGUCCCUGAUGGGGACCCAGCGCGGGACCGCCCCCUCCCCAGGCCUUGGAGCUAGGCAUGGCGGCCACAGGCCAGUCCGUGACCUCUCAGCGUAGCUGACCGCUGACCACUGACCGCCCGGGAAGGGAGGAUCCGAUGUCUGUAGCUCUUGUCCUGCAGGGGCAGGCCCCACCUCCUCGCGCCCCCUGGCAUGGCUCUGCGGUGCCUUGUAUUCCUGGCUGGCCUUCUGGUAGGUGUGGCCAGCAAGUCCACCGAAAGCAUGGCCCAGCAGCCCGAGUGUUGUGUGGACGUGGUGGACGUGAACGCCAGCUGCCCAGGCACGAGCCUCUGUGGCCCAGGCUGCUACCGGCGCUGGAAUGCCGACGGCAGUGCCAGCUGCACCCGCUGCAGGAACGCCACUGUGCCAGCCCCCGGCGGCUCCGCGUGCAGAGGCUGGGGCCCCCCCGUGGCUGCCUCCCUCUUCCUGGGGACAUUCUUCGUCAGCUCGGGCCUCAUCCUCUCCGUUGCCGGCUUCUUCUACCUGAAGCGCUCCAGUAAGCUCCCCCGGAUCUUCCUCAGAGGAGACAAAGCCCCAGCCGUGCAGCCUGGUGAAGCUGCUGCCAUGAUCCCCACACCACUGUCCUCAGUGCGGAAGCCACGCUACAUCAGGCGGGAGCGGCCCCUGGCCAGGACCACGGACCCUGCUGCCUUCGCGGUGGAGGCCCGCAUCAGCAACGUGUGACCUGGAGCCUUCCAAGACGAGCCCAGCACUGCCGUCCGCGUGCCUCCUGCUGACAGGUGCUGAAUGCAGCCGUGCCCAGCCGCGCUGCUUGGCCUAAACGCGCUGGGAGUAAGUGGUGCGGCCUCAGGGAGCCCAGGGCAGGCUGCACUCCUCCAGCACCUCCCCACCGGCAGGGAGGAUGUGGCCUGGGAACCAGCUACCCGACAGAUGCCCGCCCGCUUUGCCGUGGCCGUCUCAAGCCCGCGACCACACGCUUCUGGGAGUCACAGUUGAGCUUCCUGGGUUGAUGGGCAUCUUUGUGAGCAGAAAGUCUUCCACGAUGCUGGGGGGUCCCAGGCGUGGUGGACGCUCUUCCACCCCAAAGCAGGCACUGGCCGGUGCACAUCAGUCUGAGGCUGUUGGAGCCCAUGGCCGUAGCACCCAAAGACAUGUCCAGCCUCAGUGCCUGCAGGUUGGUGUUAUUUUGGCCGUGAGGUGUUCAGCCCAGACCUGGUGGCAGCAGCCAGAGUUCCUGCAGAGGAUGGAGCCUUCAAAGCUGCCUUCCGGGCACUGGACUGGGUGCUGGCCACUGGCAUUGUGUCCCUUAGGGGUCAGGGCCCCCACACCAUGUGCACCACCAUACCCUGUGUCCACCACCUGCUCACCCAGCAGUGGGGAGGGGGUGCCAAUUAAGGUUGGCGUCAGACAAACUGGAGCCACCCUCCUCACGGCUCCAAGGAUCACCUGUUCCUGCAUGGGGAGAUGAGUCCAGGACCCCUCCCCGAAUGCAGCCCCUCAGACCGUAAUCCUUAGGGGAGGGCGGCCAGCAGAGCCCUCAGCCCCGUGCGGGCACCACCAUCCUCUCUGCCCCUUUUUGUGAGAAGGGGGCCUGGGGCUGCCGUAGCCUGAGCCAGCGCGGCCUGGGCUUCACCCCAGCUUCCUGCUGACACGCGCUCUGGGAGGCAGCAGCUGAUGGUCAGUGCUCGGGCCCCUGCCUUCAGCUGGGCACUUGGGAGUGACCCAACGAUGGGAGCGGGCAGACCCCGGGCGCGGGCGGAUGGGAGCCUCUGCCUGGCCAGAUGCAGGUUUGUGCUUCCAGUUGGCCCCAAAUGAGCUCCUGGCCUGGUGCACACAGAAUGAGGGCGGCCCAUCCCCAGGGAGUCUUGAGGCCCCUGUGACUGGUCCACCUUUUAUUUUAAAAAAGAGAUUUAUUUACUGAAAGUCACAGAGAGCUUCCAUCUGCUGGUUCACUCCCCAAAUGGCUGCAAUGGCCCGGGCCAGGUUGAAGCCAGAAGCCAAGAGCUUCUGGGUCUCCCAUGUGGAGCAGGGGCCUCCCCUGCUACUUCCCCAGGCCACCCGUGGGAAGCUGGAGGCAGCCUGGACUGGACCCAGGCACUGACAGCACAGGGUCCCAGAGAGCAGCCAAGAGCACUGUACUGCCCACCUGCCCCUCACUGUUUUAAGUUUACUUAAUUUGGAGACAGCUCCCAUCCGCUGGUUCACUCACCGGAUCCUGCAGCAGCUGGGGCUCGGCUCCGUCCGGGUCCCCACGUGGCGUCGUUACCUGCUGCUCCCAGGGUGUGCGUUAGCAGGAAGCUGGAGUGGAGAGUGGAGAGGGACCCAGACCGAGGACUCGGAUCUGGGAUGUGGGCAGUCCUGCGGCGGCCUGAGCACUGCCGGAUGACCGGCGCCCAGGGUCUUUACCCAGCAGUGCAGUGAGAGGUGUGCAGUUCCCUGUCUGAAGAGGGUUCGUGAGGACUCAGUAACCUGGCACACGGGCACAUGCCCACACGCUCUGGCUGCCGUCCCUGCAGGUCCCAGUGCCCCGGUCACCAUGGGAGUGGAGAAGGGCGGGGUUGACCCCACCUGCUGCAUGGCAGGCCCCAGUACAUUCCUCAGCCCAGGCGCUGCCCCAGGGCACUGACUGUCCACUGAGGAGCUCGGUGACCUCAGAGCUCGGAUAUUCCCACGAACCUCGGGAGAAUGUUCCCAGCACUCUGGGGACCCAGGGCUUUCCUGGAGGCAGCACCUGACCUGGAGUCACCAUGGUCAUGGGAGCAAGGCCCCGCCCCCUCCCUGGGACCCCUCCCCUUCCUCAUGGAACAGGCAGGGGAGCCUCUUUCUGAACCCCAGUUCCCACAGGGUGUUGUUCCCCAGCCUGCUUCUGCCUCCUGGGAGUCGUGACAUCUGCAGCUCCACUCAGUGUGUGCCCCCACCCAGGCCCACGUGUGGGGUCCCCAGCUGAGUCGGGCCACUCUUGUGUGGGGGCCGCUGUGCCUGGUGGAGCAACCCUGGGGAGCAGGGGCACGCCCUGGCCUGCGGGACCCCACUCUGGCUGGAGCCGGCCCCUCCCCCGGAAGUCUCAGGGGCUCUGGCUGGCUGAGGGGGCUUCCUCAGGCUCUGGGCCACCAGCCAGUCCUGACCCCUGACCCCCACUCCCAGAGCAGGGAGGCCUGUGGGCAGCAGGGGCCUGCCCCAGGGGCGUCCACUCUGGGAGAUGCUGUUCCCACACCUGUGCUGGCCCCAGCCCCGGUGCCGAUGCUCACGCCGGCUCCCCGCCUCCUGGGAGAGUACAGGUGGCAGCCAAUCCCAGGGCUGGGCCGCACCCUGGCCAGCGUGACCCGAAGGGUAUAAAUACCCCUACUGAGAAGCCACCUGGCUCGGG